AUGCGUGACCGCAACGUUACCGUGUCUGAACGCUUUAUUCGUAACUUGGAAGCGAGAGCGCUUAGCCACAGCAGUCAGCUCCCGCAAGCAACACCCUCGUCGGAGCCGGAGUCACUUCGUGGGACCGUCAGUCAGGGCCUGCCGCCACCGCUGCCACUCGUCGAGGACUCCACGUCGGAGGUCUUCCUUGCCAGGCUGAAGCAGAUACGCCAGAAUAAUACAGGCCCUGGGUUUUCACAACUUACCCCGUCCAACCCUUAUACCGACGGUGAAAGUCCGGCGGCGGUACCUUACGACUUUGUUCAGCUAAAGUUUGACACCUCCGCCAAGGAUAGGGUCUGGCUCUGCACUUUGCUCGUCGUAUUUGCUCUAGGGGAGUCAUACAACGUCGGGCCCCCUCCUGAAAUCCGGCUGGGUCGCGUCUCCGAUCAAGAUGAAGACCAGCUGGUAGAUUCACGACGCCCGCCCGGCACCGAAUUCUUCGAACAAGCCAUGUCUCUUCUCAAGAUCAGUCACGAGGACCCGACUAUCGACCAGAUUAUGGCCCUUAAUCUAAUUACAUUUUACUCGUACAGCCUUAACCGCAAAAAGUCUGCCUACGUGUAUGCGGGAAUGUCUGCCCGGCUUUCAAAUGUUCUGCGCUUGCACAAGCCACCUUCCUCACCAACGCUCUCUGCCGUGGAAUGCGAGCAUUUGAAGCGCGUUUGGUGGACCGUCUACUGCUUAGAUCGUAUGACGAGCACAGAAAUGGGUCUCCCGCCCAUCUUCCGACGUGACGAAGUCGAGCUUGCCUAUCCUAGCGAUCAGAUGCUCCCACCCGAGGCUGGUGAUGAGUUCUCCAGCGGAGUGGCGUUCAAAACGCAGGUCCAGCUUGCCUUUAUACAUACCGACAUCUGCCAGACAGUCAGAAGCCUGGGUGAUACCGCCAUGAUAUACGAUCAGAAGCGGGCGGAGCCUAUCAUACAGCAGCUGGAGAAUCUGAGGGCACAAAUGCCUCCUGCAUUGUCGUUUGAUGUGGAAAACGGCCUACCGACAGAGAUGCGAGAGAUGAAAACCCGAUCACUCGUGUCACUGUAUGAAAGAUACUACCAGUGUUUCGUCCUCCUGCUACGACCAUUUUUCUUGAAACAAAUCAACUACUUGUUAAUGAAUGAUACAGAGAAUGCGUGCCAGGACAGCUUGAAAUAUCUGACCAACCUAUGUCUCCGUGCGGCAAGAACCAAUUUGUUGCUCAUCGUUGACCUAAAACAGUGUGAGAAGCUGGCCACGUUUGGGUUCUGGGAGAGUUCGCAUCUCUUCUCCGGUCUUACAAUAUUGUCACUCGCUAUUUCGGUAAACUCCAGAUGGCCUGGUAGCUUCGAGGAGAAGCCAGACGACCAAACGACGUAUUGGACUGCCAAGGGUGUCCUGGGGGAGAUGGCCCAAGCAGGGAACCUUGCAUCUAAAGGUCAGAUACGCAUGCUGGAUGAAGUAGAGACUUUGCACGACGCACUAACCUGGACCGAUAAUACGGCUUUUGACCUCUUCAACUUUUGGGAUACGGAGGCAUGGCCGCAUUAA